AUGGCAGGAUAUGAAUUACCAGAAGAUUUUAUUAGAGAUUUUCGCCGAUGGUGUGAAUGUGCUAACUAUGACCCAGCAACUCUCAACGCUAUUAACGCAUUGACUAAUAAUCAAAUACGCGCUAUCGACGUUGCCAGAUUUAGAGGUAGAGCUCGGACUAUUCGAGAGACCGCAGCCGAUGGCAAUCUACCUGCGCGACCAUUAGUUCCGCCUCAUUCAGUAUGGGAUGAAGAUUGGAUAACAUCAGGUGGACAGCCAACUGACUUAGCUCCCAAUCCUCCUAAUGCGGGUAAUAAUGGAAAUGCUGUAGCUCCAAAAGUAACUCGUAUUGGUCUUGAACAUCCGAUUUCUACCUUAAUACGGAAAUUGGAAGAAAUUGAAAGACGGAAGGCGGAAUUAAUGUUAGGGCAGUAUGAUCCCAAUUCUCAUCCAGUCACCUCUCAUUCACGAUCUAAAGCUAACACAAAAGAUCCUUAUAUAACAAAUAAUACUGGUAUGACUGAAACCGAAGUCAGAAACUUGGUAAAAUCUAUGAUGUUAUCCGAACAAUCUCAACCUGUCUCACAAACUAUCUCUUCUAAACCUCAGGAGAUCCAAAUCACGCUUUCACAAGAUGAAUUCAAAAAAAUUAUAGCCAGUUUGAAAGGAACUAUCGCUAAAGGACAGCAAACUUUGAAGAAACCCCCCGGACCAGGAAACAAAAAGCGGAUGAUCUUGCUAUGGACCAGUGUGGCAAAACUGGUCAUAAUUCUCGCAACUGCCCUAAAAAUAAAAAAAAGAGCAAGUCUAGACGUUCUAACAAAAGCAGAUCCAAGAAAAAAGAAGUCUAGUCCAAAGAAACGUACUUCACAAAAGAAAUCAGAGCCAGUUCCUGAUAUACCCGAUUCAGAUGAGGAAGAAGAGACAUUGGAUGAUCCUAUGGAGAUAGACUUUGUUCAAAGAAAGGAACCUGCCACAAACCUUGCAACUAUAUCGUGUAAAAUCAAACGCUUAAAAAUUCCAGCAUUGGUACUCGAUAGUGGGGCUGAACCUCCAGAGAAUAAUAAAAAAUUAUAUCUAUUAUUAUAG